AUGGAUUCCAAGGGAGCAGCAGCUCCAGCAGCAGCAGGAGGAGGAGGAGGAGGGGCAGGGGCGGGAGGUGUUCCGGCGACACCGGCGGCACCGACGCCGCAUCCCGGAGGUGGCGCGCCGACGACAACGACGACAACGCCAGCAAUCGAGGAACCGACGUCAUGUCGCGAAUGUCGAAGGAGGAGGGUCAAAUGCGACGGCACCAUGCCCGUGUGCGCCGUUUGUACAAAGUACAGGAGGCACUGUCUAUACGACAAGCAUAGCCGGACUCGUCUGACGCGCAAGCAGCUCACCAUACUCGAGACCCGGCUGGAAAAGGCAGAGGCCCUUCUGCUAAGCCACUUUACCGAGACGCAACUAGCCGAGAUGAUGGAUGGCGCGGCCGCCCUACCGCUGGGGACCAGGACACCCUCACCCCGCAGCAACGCGGCGACCGGCGGUGCCGCUGCUGCACCCCCUCCUCGUGCAUCGGUAGACCACCCCGCCCCGAUCCAGCAGCAGCACAUGGCACCUACCCCUGCACCGACACAGCUCAACAUCGGCUUGGAGCCGCCGGGUACAUCGUCGCAGGACGGCAGCAACCGGGCGUACGAGCUGGCGCCGUCGGUGGCCGACAAUUUUGAGUGGAGCGAGCAGGAUUCGUCGUGGUCGUCUGCGCACGGGACAGGUAUCAUGUCCUCGGACGAGGGCCGGAUGCCGCAGGCCAUCAUGGACGGGAUGGCGUCUCUGUCGGUUGGCGAGCGUCGAGGGUAUCUGGGAUCGGCCUCCGGGGUGGCGCUGCUGCGGCAGAUCCUCUCGGCACGCAGGGAGGGCGACGUCUCGCCCCAGCAGCUGGAGCAGCUUUUCCAGCAGCAGUCGGAGCAGUCGCAGUGGUUCCGCGCGCAGUCGAUGCUCAGCCGCGUGGCCGUUGAGAACCUCAUCGACGCCUUCUUCGCCUUGUACCACCCAACCUUCCCCAUCGUCCACGAGCCCACUUUCCGCGCGCAGUACGCCGGCAUCCUCCCCCGUCAAGACAAGGAUAAGUGGAACGUGCUGGCCAACAUCCUCACAGCCCUUGGGUCGUUUGUGAGCAGCGGGAGCGCGGAUGCCACGGACCUGCCCAUCUUCCAGGCUGUCCAGAAGGGCCUCUUCGCCGAUAACCUCGAGACGGGCAAUCUAACCUUGGUGCAGGCGUUUGGCCUCUCGGCAAACUACCUUCAGAAGAGGAACAAGCCCAACACGGGGUACAACUACGGCGGCCUGGCACUCCGGCUGGGCAUCGGAUUGGGACUGCACAAGGAGUUUGACAGCGGAAACGUUUCACCUUUGCAGAUGGAGAUUCGUCGUAGGGUGUGGUGGUGUCUAUGCGUCCUCGAUGUAGGAGCUACAAUCUCCUACGGACGUCCGCUGAAUUGGCCGCAAGCCGGUGUCGAGGCUACCUUUCCUAAGAAUAUCCAUGAAAAGGACCUCGUGUCAGACUCGGAAGACUACCCGCCCGAGGUCGAUGAGCUGACGCUGUACACCUACGUGCGCGUCCAGUCGGCCUACCACCUCAUCACCAUGAACGUCUACAACCGCCUGAUAACAGGCACCUUCCCCGCGGCGGCCGAGCUCGUCAGCCUCGACGACCAGUACAUUGGGUCGUGGCUGUCCCAGGUACCGCACUACUAUCAGGUCUUCCCGCCCCCCGGGUCUGCCUACUCGCUGGGCGUGGGGAUAUCUCAGUGGCGCUACCGCAACCUCCGCAUCGUCAUGUACCGCCCCUUCCUGGUGCGUUGGGCCUUGAGCAACGCCGCCGCCGCCGCCACCGCCCAGCCUUCCGCCGCCGCGUCGUCAUCUUCGUCCUCGACCGAGAGCCUGGCCGUCUUCCGCUGCCUUGACGCCGCAAAGGAGUCCAUCGCCUCCAUAGAGGAAUACUGGAACACGCGCUCCCACUCCCGCCUCGCCGCCUGGUACGUCCUGUACUUCCUCUUCCACGCCACCCUCAUCCCCGUCCACUGUCUACGCCACAGCCCGGAGCACCCCUUCGCCGACGACUGGCGAGCCCAGGUCCAAUCUUCAGUCGCAGUCAUGGAGUCCAUGUCGGAGCUCAACACCAACAGCUCCAAGUGUCGCGAUAUCUCAACAUGUUGA